AUGGACUUUUUGGACUCUGAAAAUGAAAACGAGGAAAAGAGGAAGAAACGUCAAGAUCCUACACUUGAGCCAGCUUCACCGGGGGACAAGAUCAAAUUGUUUGAUUUAGAUAUGAAACAAACCAUUGCCUAUUAUGUUAAUAUGGACAACAAAAUAUAUGCAAGACAACUUCUUCUGCCGAUUGAAAACGAGGCUAAAGAACUCAUAACGUCAGCAGGCGGGACAAUUAGUGGUAUUGCAUACGAUGCAGUAGAUGCUGGUAAUCUAUAUUGGUGUGAAAGUGAUACUGGAAACAUCUUUAUGAUCAACGUGAACGAUAAAAUAGUUACAAAAGUCAACACAGACGGUGUUACCCUGGUUAAACCGAGGAACAUUCUAGUACUGCAAGCCCAAAGAAAGUUGGCAUGGGUAGCAGGUGAGGAUGGAGCAAUGUCUAUUCAAACAAUGAAUAUGGAUGGCACUCAGCUGUUUGAUGUAGUCAGCGGUUUUAUUGACAUAGGCGCACUUACAAUUGACCAAGAAAAUCAAGUGUGUGAACAGGUGGUCAGAGAUAACUUUUUACUGGUAGCCGAUUGGACGGUGGACCUUAUAUUUCAAAUCGAUUUGCUGACAAACGAAAUCAACGCUAUACCUUUAGGCGACUCCGGAUAUUUGAUGGGUGUACUGUAUGACGCCGAGAACAAUAAGCUGAUUUGGUCCGAAUUCUUUGACGGCCAAGUGUAUUCAAUGAAUGAAGACGGAACUGACAGAAAAGUUGUGUCAGAUAUAGGAUUUUCUUACGCCUAUCGUUUUGCUAAGGAUACUGUUACUGGUAACCUGUACUACACGGCCUUCAGUUCAGCACAUAUUGGUGUAAUAACACCAUCUGGGGAGAAUAUUUGGUUGAUUGACGAUUUCUUCUGGGAGGAUCUCCAAGCCAUAGCUGUCCACCCACAAAAGGGAUGGUUGUAUUUUUCGGCCAUCGAUUCUGAUUCGUACAUUGCAAGGGCUAAUAUGGACGGUAGUAAUGUAGAGAAAAUAAUAAUAGGCGAACACGUGCAAUAUCCUGCUGGACUUGCUAUUGACUACCAGAAUGACUACCUGUACUGGUGUGACUCCAGUCUUGAUACAGUUCAGCGAUGUAAUCUAGAUGGCGAAGAAUGUGAAACAAUUGUUAACAAUAGUAAGAUUGGAGAUGAAAUUAACGACAUUGUACUGGAUGAUAAAUACUUGUAUUAUGCAGCAAACAAAAAAUCGCACGUGGUACAGGUUAGUCUAACAGCACCUUAUACCAAAACGGAAGUUGGUUACAAUAUAGGUCUUGGAAAAGUAGAUACCCUCAGUUUGUAUAAAAGUAACAACCAGAAUAAACAAAAAGUAGGAGGCGGGUGUGCAGGAAAUGGAGGUCUUGGUGACUGUAGUACUGUCUGUCUACCUACCUCAACUGGCCGAGCAUGUGCCUGUAAUGAUGGUAUUGAUUUGAAACCCGACGGCAAAACCUGCUCAGAUAUUUACCAGUGCACCGAUAUGAUUAAGCAAGUAGUAAAUACCACAGCUGGCGUUAUUGAGAUAAAACUUCCGGCAACAUGUUCGAGGCUGAACGAGACUACAUGCGAAUAUACCUGUCCUAAAUACUAUAUGCCUACUAUAAAAGACAGUUCGACAUUGACGUGUACAGAAAAUGGAUGGGACCGGGAAAAUAGCACUCUUUGUGAAGAAAUCCGAUGUUCUCCAACUAUAGAGAAUGGUGAACUAGACACUGAUUGUGAGGCCGAAGUCGGUAACACUUGCGAUUUUAAAUGUAACAAUGGUUUCCAGAAGACCGAAGAAAAGACAUUCUGCACCAGAAGUGGAUCCUGGCAUAAGAAUACUACUGAAUUUUGCGAAAAAAAGACUGUUCAAGAAGCACAGAAAGAAGAAGACACGUGGAAGAAGACUGACGUUCUUCUCGUGGUUAUAAUUUGUGCAGUUCUCGUGUUUGUUUUGUGUGUUGUUGUAGCUGUUCUUAUUCACAAAUUAAUUCAAGGAAGAAGGAGAUCUGCAGAAAGCGGUGGAUCUGUAGCGUACCAAAAAGAGCCCAAAUAUCUUCGUGAUGAUUUAGAUGAUGACCGCAGACGAGAUUCUGAAAUAAGUUCUGGCUACAUUCAACCUAAAUUAAACAAUAUCACAGAAGAGACGGUCUCUACAAGUAUGGUCAACCCGUUGUAUAAUAACGAACCGUUGCCGGCAGUCUCGCAACACGUAAUCCCUAAAGACAAAACUGUCUCGUACACUGAUUGGCUGAAACAGCAAUAACCAUAAAAUCUAAAAAUAAUACGUCGACGCUUAUUGGCUGAUAAUAAUUAACAUACAUAUGACCGAAUCGCUAAAGCUGAUUGGCUAAGUACUUAUCUGCGGAUAUGACGAUGUAUGUUUGUUUUGACUGGAAUUGAA